AUGAAGAAGAUGCCACUCAUCUAUCCUCACGAUUUGGUGGCCUAUCUCUUCAACACUUUGGGUGUUUCAAUAUCUCAAGAAGCGGUGACUAGAUAUUGGCUGCAUCAAUUGAACACUGAGCAACCCUUUGCUGUUCAUGGCCCUGGGGACACAAACUGUGUGCCCCUGGGCCUGUAUGGGGAUGGAGCCAGGUUGGCAACGUUGUACAAACACGAAAAACUGAUCGCCAUCUGGCUGAACCUCCCACUAUAUCGACCGCGCUCCACCAGGAGCUCACGCUGGCUGUUGUUCAGUAUCAUGGCUGACCAACUUCACAGCCACUGGACAAUGGACGCGGUGUUGCGGCAUAUGCUCUGGAGCUUUUGGGCUUUGUUCAAGGGAGAAAUUCCACAACGUGGACCCUUUGGUCGUGAGCUCCCUCCAAACUUGGCUGGAAGAGAGGGGGAACAAAUCGUACAUCGUCGGAAAUUGCAGUUCAUUAUAACUGAGUAUCGUGGAGAUUGGGAGUGGCAUCGGGAUCUGUGGCAUUUUGUUCAAUGCAGUUGGAAAUCAGAAAGGGUCUGUUGGAUGUGUGACGCUAGAAGGUGUGCAGAUUGGCAAAGCGCAUAUUGGAAUCUUGAAGAAAACUCCACAUGGGCAAACAAUCCUUUCACGAAAGCUCAGUUCCUGGCUGAGAGACAACCUGAAAGAGGACUCUGUCCUUUAGUGUUGGCGCCUGGGUUCCAUCCUUCGGCAAUUCGAUGGUGCAGCAUGCACGUAUUAAACUUGGGUCUCUUUUACCGCAGCAAUGGUGCGUCUUUGAUUCUUCUCGCAAAUGAUCUCGCCUUCUUUGGCGAUGAGGGAUCCUUUCAAGAUCGCUUGGAUCGAGCCUAUGAACAUUUCCAGAACUUUGCGAAGGAGCGAAAGAUCCCAAACUCUCAGCCCCGAUUUCGGGAACGACAUGUGAUCAAGGGGGACAAUGAGGUGUGCUGGACACACAAAGCUUUCAAUGGCAGAGUUCUAUUGGUAUGGCUCACCUGGUGUCUCGAGAACGCCUGGAUAAGAUUCCCAGAUAAAAGGGACAAACGCUUUGCCCUCACCUACCACGCCCAGACCCUUUGCUUGCAGCAAUUG